UCGUCUUAGUAACAUUCCUAAAUCUGCUUCCCCGAUCUUUAUCAAAACACAGCCGGAACAUCAGCCGGAGCUGGGGCCCAGAGCCAAGCACCAGUGUACACAGGGAGUGUUUGCGCUGGAUCUGGAGACUCUCAGGGGUCAAUAUUCACAUUCCGGUGCUCCUGGUUUAAAGCGAACAGUUUUAAAUCGCGUCGCUUGAGUUAUCUUAUAAUCGAACGUGUGUUUUAUUUAGGAGAGGAUGGCAGAGGGAGGCUAUGACCCCUGUGAGUGCAUCUGCUCUCAUGAACAUGCCAUGAGGAGACUCAUCAGCCUGCUGAGACAGUCCCAGGCCUACUGUACAGACACAGAGUGCCUUCAGGAGAUGCCGGGCCCCAGCUCCUCAGUAGAAGGGGACAUCGCUCUACCCAUGAUCAUUAUGGGAUGGCUGGUGCUAGCUCUCGUGCUCUUUCUGAUCCGGCCGGCCAGCUUGAGGGGCCCUUCAGCCAGCAGCAAGCCCUCCGGUCCCCGUGGUAAUCCUGGCCGAGAGCCACCAGCACCUCCUGUGGACUAGAGCUCUCUCACGGAUCGUUUAUUCCAGCCUCCACCUGAUCAGCUACUGUGACUAACAACCAAUUAAUCAUCUUUCAGUGAUUCAGAUGUCAGAUUCUUUAGUCCAAUAAGGGGGGGCUGAUCUACACAGACUCUUAGGUUUGUGUUACAUUUCAAAAGAGAAAGUUGAGAAAAGGAGCAAAGCUUUCCAGGUUUAUAUAUAUAUAAAUAUAUCUCCGUCUUCACUUUUUUUACUCCUUCCUAUAUUUUUAUUAUAAAGCAUUAUUAGGUAUUCAGCAAGUUGUUAAUAUGACACAUCAGCCUGUAUGACGACGCUUCCCAGAUCAGCCUGAACUGACUAAAGGUUACGCAGAAAUCUGGUAUUCGGGUUAUUUUUUGAAGGUGACGAGGACAAUGUUCUUGACUUCAUGGACGUGAUGUCAUUGAGUGAGCCUUGACUCUGCGUUG